GAUCUGCUGCAGGCAGGGAAGCAGCUCCGGUGCUGACUGUAACUUCUAGAAGAAAGUAUACACCUCAUUUCUAAACAUCUGGAAAGUUAACACAGUAUGCAGGUGUCAUGAACAACGCCCACAUGUCUCCCAAAAGAGAUACUCAAAGAGCUCUGCACCUGCUCUCUUCUUACCAAGCCAAACUCGCUGCUUCUGGACAGCAGACGCUUAGGGAUUCCCUCCAGGAGGUGACGUGCAUGUUGAGAAGUGACCUCUUCCAGGCUCUUCUUGACAUACAAGAGUGUUAUGAAUUAAUGCUGAAUUCUUCAUUCAGUGAUGUGACUGAGAGUCUGAGCCUAGAUCCACCAAAGGUGGACCCACAGACUAUUUGGGAAUCGGAUAUUGGAGAUAACAUGAGAUCUAACCAGAAGCCACAGUGUGUUCGUGUAACUGAGAAGAUUACAGAACAAAAGGAGACUGUCCAGACAUUACUGUGCCCACUACACACCGUUCUCCCCAAGGCUGGUGCCGCACCUAUGCUGGUGAACACAGACUGUCUGGACCCAGGUUCUUCGGUAAAUGGCAGCGAUGCUUUAUAUAAAUAUGAAGAGAUUGUAUUGGAGAGGGGAAACUCAGGAUUGGGGUUCAGCAUUGCUGGUGGAAUUGAUAAUCCGCACGUUCCCGAUGAUCCUGGAAUAUUCAUCACAAAGAUCAUCCCUGGAGGAGCUGCAUCGAUGGAUGGGAGGCUAAUGGUGACUGACUGUGUCUUGCGAGUCAAUGAUGUAGAUGUAACUGAAGUGGUGCACAGCAAAGCGGUGGAGGCUCUGAAAGAGGCUGGUCCUGUAGUGAGAUUGCUGGUCCGACGCAGGCAAAGUCCUCCAGAGACUAUUGUGGAGGUUAAUCUACUCAAAGGACCUAAAGUGGGAUCGUUUUCGUCAAUUGGUGCCGGGAGUGGACAAGAAAGGGUUGCCUUGUCCCCAGUGGCUCUGGAGAGUGGCCUUGAGGUGUCAGUGUCCUUGAUACGGCGAUCUGGCAGUAGCGGGCUGGGGUUCAGUAUUGCUGGGGGCAUUGGUAACCAGCACAUUCCAGGGGACAAUAGUAUCUAUAUCACAAAGAUCAUUGAAGGCGGAACUGCCCAGAAGGAUGGAAGACUGCAGAUUGGUGACAGGCUUUUAGCUGUAAAUAACACCAACCUGCAGGAUGUCAGACACGAGGAAGCUGUGGCUGCACUGAAGAACACCUCUGACAUGGUUUAUCUCAAAGUAGCUAAGCCUGGCCCUGUUCAUCUCAAUGAGAUUUAUGCUCCCCCUGACUACGCUAGCACUUUCACUGUUGAUAAUCACAUAAGCCAUAACUCCACUCUGGGAGGAUACCUGAGCAGCGUGGAGAGUAAAUCUCCUUAUCAACCCCCUCAAGUCACCCCCUCAAGAUACUCUCCUGUUCCUCGGCAUAUGCUGGGAGAAGAAGACUUUACCAGGGAACCACGCAAGAUCAUUCUACAUAAAGGUUCUACAGGACUUGGCUUUAACAUUGUUGGUGGAGAAGAUGGAGAAGGAAUUUUUGUAUCAUUUAUUCUGGCUGGAGGACCAGCAGACCUUAGUGGAGAGCUGCGUCGUGGGGAUCGCAUCCUUUCGGUUAAUGGAGUGAAUCUACGCAGUGCAACACACGAGCAAGCUGCUGCAGCAUUAAAACGGGCAGGGCAAACAGUAACAAUCGUAGCACAAUACCGACCGGAAGAGUAUAGUCGAUUCGAGUCCAAGAUCCAUGACUUGAGAGAACAAAUGAUGAACAGCAGUAUGAGCUCUGGAUCCGGGUCCCUUCGUACCAGUGAAAAAAGAUCACUUUAUGUCAGGGCUCUCUUUGACUAUGAUCGAUCUCGGGAUAGCUGCUUACCAAGCCAGGGGCUGAGUUUCUCUUAUGGGGAUAUAUUACAUGUUAUCAAUGCCUCUGAUGACGAAUGGUGGCAGGCUAGACUUGUCACACCACAUGGAGAAAGUGAACAAAUAGGGGUUAUCCCCAGCAAAAAAAGGGUUGAGAAAAAAGAGAGGGCACGGCUGAAAACUGUCAAGUUUCAUGGACGUUCUGGUAUGGAAGCAAAUAGAUCCAUCAAAUCCAAGCGCAAAAAGAGUUUCCGACUGUCCCGCAAGUUUCCUUUUUACAAGAGCCUUGUUCAAGAGGCCAGCAACUCACAAGCUGUGACAUCAAAUACCAGUGACAGCGAGAGCAGCUCCAAGGGACAAGAAGACACUAUUCUUUCAUAUGAGCCAGUGACUAGACAAGAAAUCCAUUACGCCAGACCAGUCAUUAUAUUGGGUCCACUGAAGGAUAGAAUUAAUGAUGACCUGAUUUCUGAAUUUCCUCACAAGUUUGGUUCUUGUGUCCCACACACAACACGACCUCGAAGGGAGGCUGAAAUUGAUGGGCAAGACUAUCAUUUUGUUUCUUCUCGGGAGCAGAUGGAAAAAGACAUUCAGGACAACAAAUUUAUAGAAGCCGGACAGUUUAAUGACAACCUUUAUGGGACUAGUAUUCAGUCUGUACGGGCAGUGGCUGAAAGGGGAAAGCACUGCAUUCUUGAUGUAUCUGGGAAUGCUAUCAAACGACUACAACAAGCACAACUCUUUCCCAUUGCUAUUUUUAUCAAACCAAAAUCGGUAGAAGCACUCAUGGAAAUGAAUCGGAGGCAGACAUUCGAACAAGCUCACAAAAUGUUUGAUAAAGCUACCAAACUGGAGCAAGAGUUUGGGGAGUUUUUCACAGCCAUUGUACAGGGUGAGUCAUUGGAAGACAUUUAUAACAAGAUCAAGCAGAUAAUUGAGGAUCAUUCUGGACAUCACAUUUGGGUGCCAUCUCCUGAAAAACUCUAAAUAUUCAACUGAACUGCUGUUAUCUGUCUACAACUCUCCGCUACCCAUACCCCCAGAGAAAUGGAGUGGGGUUCAAUGUGCGUCUGCCAUCAAACACAGAAAAAUGUCCCCUCAGAGCCCAUUGGACUCCACUGGUUUUUGGAAUCUGCAACCUGGGUGUAGCUUCAUUGACCCUUUGGGGUUUUUUAUGUGGUCAGCAAGGAAAUCCUGUCCUUACUUGACUGGGACAAGAACAGACUUAAACACUUAGGCUAUAAAAUGCAAAAAAAAGGGAAAAGAUCUUAAGAGGCCAUGUCCUCCCGUCUCCAUAUCACCCACCCUUUUCCUAAAAGCCCCCAUCCCUGCUGGAUUGGAAGAAGGCAUAUUUAUAUACAUAUAUAUAUACUGUGUGUGUGUGUGUGUGUGUGUAUAUAUAAUUUAUAUAUGAUUAUAUAUAUAUAUUAUAUAUAUUUUGGCUGUGAUGGGAUAUUUGUCCCUGCUAUUCUAUUGUUUGUAAUGAUUUUUUUAAAGUUCUCUUUUUCUGUGAUGGACAGAGCUUUAGGCUCUGUUACGGUACUAUAUGGCCUACUCACCAUGGCUGCAAGUCAUAGGUCUGGGUAAAAGGUACUGGUACAUCUAUAUGUGGUUGAUCCAGCCAGCACCAAAUAUACAGGAGUUCAGCGCAGGCUAUAGCUGCCUUUUUGCAGCUUGUCCAGAUUGCAAGUUUCUCCUAAUGCACAUUCUUGUUACUCUCACCUCAUAGAAGACUGACAGUGCGCAUUAAGAUGAGUUUUAUAAUCAAAAUCAAGUAGUCUUUCAUCCAUAACGCGACAUAACAUAUGAUUUAACUGACAUGAGCCAAAUGAAAGCAUCUAAAAGGAAGUGAUUGUACUAUUGUAGAAGAAACUUCUCUGACAAGCUAUGAGCAGAUGGUACUUUAUCAUGACUAGUGUCUCCUGUCUGCAGCCUUUCUUGGUGCAGUGUUGUGCCAUAGGCCUUUGUGUACAGGUCCUCAAUAUGGCUCUACGUUUGUUUUAAGAUUGGAGAGCUGUAGAUUUUUGGGAGUUCACCCCUGGGGUUUUGCACGUGUUAUUACUAAGGUGUGCAUGGAAUCGCUUCCUCCUUGCUGACCUAUUGAUGAAUCUGAGGGCCAAUGUUUGUGACUCUGUUCCAGGACUUUUGUUGCUUAUCUGUGCUCAAAAUUAGCCAGUUGUGGAGAAGGGAAUGUGAGAAAGGAGUCUGAGUUUGCAUGAGAAUGUGUGGUGUGCGUGUGUGUGUGUGUGUGUGUCU